UGGUGGUGGAGCAGUGACGGCUAUGGAGUCCGCUACGCGAUCAUCGCACUAAUCUUCAUCGCCAUCGCCCUCCUGCUUUUCGGCGCUUACUUCCACGCUCAACGCCGCAUACGCAAAGGUCUACCACCACUCGCCUACCACCGUUGGCUCAUCUCUCGCCGCCGCCGAGCCACUCCCUACCCUCAACAAAACAACUACGCAUACUACCAACAACACGACCCUGCAUAUCCACCUCAACAAGGCUACCCGAUGCAAAAUAUGGGCAACCAUGGAAACGCUGAGUUCCAGCCUCCGCCACCUGCGUAUGGCAAUUGGGAGGCCCCGCCUGUGUAUCAGCCUCCGCAGGGUGCGAGCAAGGUGGCUGCUAAUCAGAAC